AUGGGUAACGAUGUUCAACAAAUAUUGAAUACACCUCAGUCGGCUGAAGCCUUACAGAAAAUAAUAUCAAUUAAAAUUAACGCACAUUUCAAGAAAUUAAACGAUUUCAAUCAAUUUACACACAAAUUUUCUAAUACAUCAAAUGAAACAACAAGUUUUAUUCUCAGAGCAUCAGAUUCUAAAGCUUGUAAUUAUACAAAACUUUAUUCGAAAUCAAUAAUCAAACAAGUUUAUACAGAUUCAAAGUUUUAUCUUAUGAAAGAUGACAAAACAGAAUUGUCAGCUUACAGACAUGGUUUUAAAACACAUAGCAUGAAUAUUUCAUGUAAUCAAAUUAAAUUUGAUAAUUUCAUUACAAGACUCUCUUAUCCAGUGUUUCCAUAUUUAAGCAACGAACUAGUAAUGAUGAAUGUCAACCUAAAUCGUAAAUUAGUUUUAGUUAUUUUGAAUAAUGAAACAGAAUUUGAAAAAUACAAGAAUAUUGCAGAUGAUAUUAUUGAGAGAUGGCAAUUAUCAUACAUUUUGUACAACAAUAACCAAAACAUCAUCAAGAAUUUAGGAGUUAAUCAAAAUGAUCUCCCUGCGUUUGCAAUUCUCGUUGGAAGAUCAUGGUAUCGAUAUAAAGGAGAACUCAAUGAUGAAUCACUAUCUAAAUUCGAACCUAGCAUGACUGACGAAAUUUAUCUUAUUUUUGGAAUUAUUUUUGGGUUAGUAAUUAUAUUGUUUAUUGUUAUUUUUGUUUCUACUAUUUAUAUUUGUUUCUGUGACAAAGAAACACCAAAACAAAAUAAGAAGAAAUCAAGUUAUUCAAGUGAUGUUGAACCUCUUAUUGCAUAA